CCUCUGCAGCCAUCCCUCCCUGCUCACCACGUCUGCUCCUGCCGCCCCAGCGCCAUGGAGAUCCCGCCCAAGAGCCCUGACGAGAGCGAGAGGUCUCCGCAGUCCAAGGAGCUGGUCACCAGCCACACGGGCAGCACCCUGUGCAUCAGCUCCCGCAGCGAGUCCGUGUGGACCAGCGCCCCCAGGAGCAAGUGGGACCUUUACAGAAAGCCCAUCAUCGUGGUGUCUGUGGGAGCGGCCACCUUCCUCCUGGGGACGGUCAUCACCAGCCUGUCCUGCUUCCUGAGCGGCAACACCAACGCUUACAAAAUGUCCGGCCCGGCUUUCCUGUCCCUGGGGCUGAUGCUGCUGGUCUGCGGCCUGGUCUGGAUCCCCAUCAUCCGCAAGAAGCAGAAGCAGAGGCAGAAGUCACAGUUCCUACAGAGCCUCAAAUCCUUCUUCUUCAACCGCUGAGGGCAGCCAGGACCUUCCCAGGAAGGUUCCCCUCCCCUCCACCAACCCGUGUUGGUCAGCCAUGAAAAUAGAGACUUUCUUGUACUCCCUAGAGGAUUUCAUCCCGGUCAGUGUCUUCCCUACAUGGUCUCCAGUGUGAAAAUGAACUUCGUACUUCGUCCAGGUCAUCCCAGGAAACAAAGGAGCAGGAAUUUUCAGCUGAGCCCAGCAAGGCAGGUCCAAGGUCUCUGCAUCACACCCCUGUCCAAGGAGUGACCCAACACAAACUGGGUAAAACAAAGCCCCAGAGGAACCUGGGCUGAAGCAAAGCCCAAAGGAGCCCAGACCUUCCAGAG